AUGUUCGAUCUAAGAACAAACAGUCAGGAAGACAACUAUCUCUUUAUGUUGGAUCUAAGCACCAACCCUCGGGAAAGAGAUAAUAUCUUUAUGUUGGAUCUAAGAACUGACCCACGGGAAGGUGACAAUCUCUUUAUGUUCGAUCUAAGCACUGACCAUUGGGAAGGCGAAAAUUUCUUUAUGUUCGAUCUAAGCAUUGACCCUCUGGAAGGCAACGAUCUCUUUAUGUUCAAUCUAAGCAUCGACCAUCAGAAAGGAGAUGAUCUAUUUAUGUUCGACCUAAGAACCGACCCUCGGAAAGGAGAUGAUCUAUUUAUGUUCGAUCUAAGAACUGACCCUCGAGAAGGUGACAAUCUAUUUAUGUUAGAUCUAAGCAUCGAACCUAGAGAAGGCGAAGAUCUCUUUAUGUUCGAUCUAAGCACCGACCCUCGGGAAGAUGGCGAUCUUUUUUUUCCAAUCUAA